AUGGAGGCCAACGCUCCUAACUUGAACGUUGAAGAGCUAGCGGCUUACGCCACCACUAAGAGCCAGGCAGGAGUCCCGGACGAAGAGAUCCUGCGUGAGAUUACGCAGAUGCUGAGAGAGGACGGAUGGAAGGAAGCAGCGAUUGGGCCAACGAUCGAAGCAGUCGUUAAGCGAUCAUCAGUCGUAGGGGGGAAGGGCUCACCAAGGCAGGAGGGCUCACCAAAAGCUAAUCAGAACGCCGUGGCCCAAGUAAUGGAGCAGAUGAUGCAGCUGCUUAGCCUAAUGGCUAGUCGCCUAGAGGCACUUGAGAGGAACCAAGCCGAAGGACGUUCGGAGUCAUCCCCAAGAGUCGACACUCCUCCACCACCGCUAACAACAGUCGCCGAGCCAGCAGCCCGCAAGAAUAAGUUUCCCGACCUAGAGCGUUUUAAUGGGACACGUGAUAACUACCUAGAGGACGCAAAGGUCCAAUACGUGCUCAGUCGAACGAAGGGCAAAGCAAACCAGGUCCUUCUUCUCUGGGUGCUUGAGAAUAAGGAACGAACUACGGCCGGCCUAUGGGAGCAUAUGGAUACUUACUUCUAA